GCGCAGCGCUAAGCAUCAGCAUGAAGCCGUCCACUAUAUUCGCUCUUACUGUGACUUUAAUAGCGGCUGUGUUUGCUAAAUCACCUUAUCAGUCUGUUCUCCAACACAGCAGAAUAAGAGGAAGACAACAGGGGCCCAACAUGUGUGCAAUGCAGAAGAUUAAGGGAACUGAUAAGAAGUAUUUCGCCAGCUGUAAGCAGUGGUACCGCCGCAAAAUCUGUGGUAAACCAACUGAGAUCACUUAUGAAUGUUGUCCCGGAUAUGAAAAGGUGCUUGGAGAGAAGGGAUGUCCUGCAGCUCUUCCUCUGGUGAACAUCUAUAACACCCUGGGUGUGGUUGGAGCCAUGAAGACUCAGAUGUAUUCUGAGAGAGCGAAGCUGAAAGAGGAGAUUGAGGGACCUGGGAGUUUCACAUUCUUUGCCCCAAGUAAUGAAGCCUGGGCUGCUCUUUCACCUGAAAUUUUGGAUGCCUUGGUGAGCAACGUCAACAUUGAGCUCCUCAAUGCUUUGCACUACCACAUGGUCAACAAACGCUUGACUUCAGAUGAUCUAAGGCACGGCUCCUCGUUCCCCUCCAUGUACCAGGACUUUGAUGUUCAUAUCCAGCAUUAUUCCAGUGGAAUUGUGACAGUAAACUGUGCCCGGCUGGUGAAGACGGACCAGCAUGCCACAAACGGAAUCGUUCACGUUGUCGACAGAGUCAUCACAGCCAUUACCAGCAACAUCAACAGUUUUCUUGAAACUGAAGAUACACUGGAAGAGCUUCAAAAAGCUGUUGAUAAAGCUGGUCUUACAUCGAUGUUGGAGGGUGCUGGUACCUACACAUUCUUUGCUCCUACCAAUGAGGCCUUCAAAAAGAUUCCUCCAGACAUGCUGGACAGAAUCUUGGCUGAUCCUGUUGCUCUUAAAGAUCUGCUGAAUUACCACAUCCUGAAGAACCUGCAUUGCUCAGAGUCCAUUGUAGCAGGAACACCUCUGGAGACACUUCAGGGCACAGUGCUGGAGGUGGGCUGUGAUGGUGAUGAGAUGACCCUCAAUGGCAAAGCCAUCGUCAACGAAAAAGACAAGCUUGGCACCAACGGGGUUGUUCAUUUCAUUAAUGAGCUUCUCAUCCCUGAUUCAGUGAAGACCCUUAAGGAGCUCGCUGAGGGUGUUCCACAAGUUUCGACGGCUUCCAAGCUUUUUGCAGAUGCUGGUCUAAAUGCUCAGCUUAGUGGCACAGAACCAUUGACGAUCAUUACACCUAACAAUGAUGCUUUCAAAGGCAGCUCAGCUGUCAAACCCGAGACAAGAAAGUUGAUGAGGAACCACAUUCUGAAGGCACAACUCUCUUCUAAUGGUUUGUACCAUGGACAGGAGCUGGAAACUCUGGGAGGAACUAAACUUCGAGUGUUCGUGUACAGGAACAACCUCUGUAUUGAAAAUGCCUGUAUCGCUGCCCAUGACAAAGUUGGCCGCCAUGGUACCAUGUUUAUAGUCGAUAAGGUUCUGGCACCUCCCAUGGGCACUGUUAUGGACGUCUUGAAGGCAGACAAUCGUUUCAGCACCUUGGUUGAUAACGUUCAGAGGGCCGGCAUGACUGAGCUGCUAAACAAAAAAGGAACCUACACAGUCUUUGCCCCUACAAAUGACGCUUUCCGUGCCAUGCCCCCAGCUGAACUCAACAAAGUUACAAGAGAUCCCAGAGAACUCAGCAAACUUUUGAAGUACCACGUAGGUGAGGAGUUUCUUAUUAGCGGUGGAGUGACCUCUCAUACCAGAGUAAAGCCACUUUCAGGAGACAAGCUGGAACUAGGCAUGCGGAACUCCACUAUGUACAUCAACAGAGUGCCAGUAAUUGACGCCGACCUGAUGGCUACUAAUGGGGUCGUACAUGCUGUUGGUUCAGUCAUAAAGCCACUGCCUCCUAAAAUUCAGAGUGAUCAGCCACAGCGCACCUUGACAGUGAGGGCUGGCACUUCGGGUGCAAAAAAUGAUGAACUCUUCAAGAAGGUCCUAAACAGUCGGUCCAGCAGAACGAUGACCCGAGUCCAGUAAACCAAGUCAGUUUGUGGGGAAAAAAUCACAAAAUCAGCCUCCACUGCUCUUGUAAGGCUGAAAGGCACAAUGAGUAUUUUAAUGAUCAGUACCGAGGUAAUUAACUGAUUUACAGGUGCAUCCCUAUUAAAAUGGUUCAUAAAGGUGCAGGGACUAAAACUAAAUAUUUCAGCAUAUCAGUGUUGUACGUGAAUGCCAAAGACCGCCUUCACUGUAAAAAAUGUAAAGAAUUAAAAAUUGGUUGCUUAUAAUUAGGUAUGUAUUUGUUAAGACCUUCCUAUCUCAGUUUAGUAAUUUGUAUUGAGAAAUUUUAUUUUGCUUAUUUUACUUUGCUUUUAUGUUUGUUGCUUUUGAUAUAUAUGUAGCAUGUUUGCAUGGUUUAGGCUGGUUCAGAAACGCUAUUUGGGCUCAUACUGGUGCAGGCUAAGUUUACACCUAUGAAUUUGCUUUUCUCAAUGGUGCUAGAGCUGCUCAUAUGCAAGACAAUCACAGUCCGUUUAAGACUUGUACUGAUGCCUACAAGUUGGGAAAUUUUUGCUGGGAAGAUUCCUGCUCAUCCACUCAGCAUACUCCAAACGGACCAAAAACAGUUUAUUUGAGCCACAUUAAAGCUUUAAAAGAAAACUUUUGCACAGUACAAUCUACUUAAUGCUUUCCGUUAGACACAGUUGCUUUGUAUUCAGUAAUGUUAAGCAUUUCAGACUAUGCUGGUGAACAGAUUGUGCAUUGUGUCUGCUGAAUAUUUGAAAAUCUGUUAUAUGUAUGGAUGAAAAAAGGGCUUUCCACUUCAUGAAGCAUCCACUUCAUGAACCCAUACUUGGCAUUGUACUGAGAAAAAUAUGUGAAACCAAAACACAAUAUUUACACAUUUCAUAAUAAAAACAUACCAUUUUUAA